AUGGCCGAUCCUGUGUCCGAGACGACACUCCCUAUUCGUGACGCAGAAAAGCACGGCGCUACCGAGCAAGAAAUCAACCCGUGGGGCGUACAAGCCGCACACGAUGAGCAGGGAAACGUCCUUGCCUUCGACUAUGUCGCAAUUUCACAGAAAUGGGCAACAAAGCUUAUAGACAAUGAGCUUCUCGAGCGUUUUGAACGACUUACGGGCCAUAAGCCGCACCGCUGGUUAAGACGAGGACUGUUUUUCUCACAUCGAGACUUCGACAAGAUACUUGAUAAGUAUGAGCAUGGCGAGCCAUUUUUUAUGUAUACGGGAAGAGGUCCAUCUAGCGAUGCGCUGCAUCUCGGCCAUACAAUCCCAUUCUCUUUUACAAAGUGGUUGCAGGAUGUAUUUGAUGUUCCAUUAGUUAUUAUGCUUACGGAUGAUGAAAAAGCUCUCUUCAAGGAUAACCUGACAUUUGAGGAGACAUAUAAAUUCGGAUUACAAAAUGCAAGGGAUAUUAUUGCUUGUGGCUUUGACCUGAAAAAGACGUUUAUUUAUAGCGAUUUGGAUUAUAUCAAAGGCCACAUGUUGAUGAACGUGUGGGAGUUUUCGAAGCUUGUUACCUUCAACCAAGUGCGGGGAGCCUUUGGAUUCAACGAGAGCACUAACAUUGGACGAAUUUUGUUUCCGGCUGUGCAGUGUGUAGCAUCCUUCGCCACAUCAUAUCCAGAAAUCUGGUCCGACAACCCACCAGCAGAUCGGACAAAAGAAAUAGCAAAAAUCCCGUGUCUUGUUCCUAUGGCCAUUGAUCAAGAUCCAUAUUUCCGACUUGUGCGAGACAAUGCCCACCGCAUGCGAUAUCCAUCGCCCAAGCCAGCACUAAUACAUUCCAAAUUCCUUACAGCACUCCAAGGUGCUGGUGGUAAAAUGAGUGCAAGUGAUCCAAAUUCUGCAAUUUUUAUGACCGAUACGCCAAAUCAAAUCAAGAACAAAAUCAAUAGACAUGCUUUUAGCGGAGGAAGGGACACUAUAGAGGAACAUCGACUACUCGGGGGCAACCCAGACGUUGAUGUAUCUUUCCAAUAUCUCUCCUAUUUCGAAGACGAUGACGAGAAACUCAAAAAUAUAGAAGAAAGCUACAGGAAAGGUGAGCUGCUGACAGGAGAACUGAAGAAGCUUGCCAUCACAUUAUUACAAGGAUACGUGAAAGAUUUCCAAGAACGGAGAAAAGAGGUCACCGACGAUAUCCUAAAGCAGUUUAUGACACCUCGCAAGCUGGAGUGGAGAGGAAAUCCAAACCCAGUACCAAGGCCGCCGAAGGCAAAGGAAGUGAAAGGGAAACCCGCUAAAUAA